AUGAGCCCAACACCAACUCUCACACCAACUUCUACAACUACAACUUCAGCAAUGAGCAAAUUUACAAUCCCCAAGUGCGCUACAGGCCUGCGCGAAAUCGACCCUUCACUGCUAGAUCUCCGCCCCGACUCUGAAAUCAUCGCUCAACUCCAGACAUAUCAGCCCAUCACCUCAGAGAAGAAUGUCUGGGCAGUCUGGGACAAAGGCUUCUACGCCAUGUACCCCAGCCAUCAACGCACAGUGAUUAACUGGGUCAGACGCCUCGGUCCUUCAUGGACGGUUCGCCUGGUAGAUUUUGUCGAAGGCUCACCUAACAACAUUUUCAAGUAUGUUGGCAAAGAGUGGUUUCCAGAAACCUUUGUCAAUAAAACCAUGGAUGGCAAACACGCUCCUCAACAUGCAGCCGACCUUGCUCGCCUACCUCUUAUUUACGAACAUGGCGGAGUUUGGAUGGACGUUAGCAAUAUGCUGCAUAUCCAUCUUGACACGCUGUUCUGGAAUCACGUUGCAUCGCCUGACACGCCGUAUGAAAUGGCUGCAUGGAUAAUCACAGGCCAAAUCAGAGCCAAAUGGGGUGACUUUGGUAAUUUCAUGUUUGCUGCUCGCAAGAACUGCGAGUUCAUCAAGAACUGGCAUGAAGGAUAUAAAGAGCUGUGGAAGGGCCGAACGAAUGUCGAUGGAUUUCACAAGCAUCCUCUCAUCACUGAGAUCGGUCUCGCUGAAGGUCUUGCAAAUCCUGAGGAUGAGAGUCAGAUCUACUUCAUGACAGACUAUGUUUCACAAAUGGUUAUCGGCGACCGCACCCGUAACCUCGUCGACGUCACCACCGGCUUCAACGGCCGUGAAUUCUGGGAGAACAAGGUCUUUAUGGUAGAAGGCAUCGAAAACGGUAUUCUCGGUGCUCUCAAGACCAACCUCGACGGCCAAAAGCAAGCCGACUAUUUCCUCACACGCCUCGAUGAGCCUGAUCUCGACAAGAGAAGUGAAGCUGAAGCCUUCAUGGUGGAAAUGCUCGAGAAGAGUCACAUGUACAAGAUGUAUCACAACUCAAUGGGUGACCGUCUAGCUUUGGGCGAUCUCGUCAAGAAUAAGGAGAAUCACGAUAUCACAUAUCGUCCUGGGACUUUUGGAGAGUUGUACCGAUAUGGAACUGUGCAUUGGGAACCAACGAGGGAGGUUGUGAGAUUGGAGCCACAGAGAAAUGGCGACGAAAUUAUAUACGGUUCGCCUACCAAAACUGCUGCUCAGAUUAGGAAUUAG